AUGUCGUCUCGUGUAGAAACUUAUCUUAACGAACGGAAGGCCAACGGUGGGCCAUUAGCUAACGAAUGGCUUGAGCUUGAGUCGUUAUAUCAAAGUCGUUUGUGGCAUGAACUAACAUUACGUGUAACAUCAUUCGUACAUCGCGAUGAACUUCAACAAGGCGAUCAAUUGAUACGAUUUUACGAAGACUUCCUUUCGGAUUUCGAACAUCGAAUCAAUCAAUUAGCGCUAGUCGAAAUUAUCAUACCGAUUACACGAGCAUUCAAACAAGUUGAUCAAGCUAUACAGUUUGUUCAACAAAUUCGAGAGAAAGUCAAAGCGAAUCCAUUAGCUGUUCUUUUAUGUGAUAUCACUAUUGGAAAAGCGUAUUUGAUAACCAAGAACCUUCCAGAAGCCAAAAAGAUUAUCGAAGAUUUAGCACCGAAAUUUGAUGAAUUAGAUCAUUUAACUACCGUGCAUUCGAGAUAUUAUGAUUUAGCAUCGAAUUACUAUAGAGUUAUGGGAAAUCAUAGUGAAUAUUAUCAAAAUGCACUGAAAUAUCUUGGUUGUAUCGACAAUUCCUCGAUUCCAGUUAAAGAAAAAGCCGAACGAGCAUUCAAUCUCGGUUUAGCUGCACUCUUAGCUGAAAAUGUUUAUAAUUUCGGUGAAAUUCUUCAACAUCCCGUUCUCAAUGCUUUAAAAGACACACGUGAACAAUGGUUAAUGGAUCUUUUACAAGCAUUUAAUGUCGGCGAUGUCGAAAAAUACGAAGCAUUAGGAUCCGUUUGGCAAGUUCAACCUGAUCUUCGCAUGGCUGAAGCAACACUCAAACGAAAAAUCAAUUUACUUUGUCUAAUGGAUAUGAUUUUCACUGCUGCUGGCGCUCGUGCUUUAAGUUUCUCGGAUGUCGCUACCAGAACGAAAUUAUCUCCAAAUCAAGUGGAAUUAUUAGCUAUGCAAGCAUUGUCGUUAGGUUUGAUUCGUGGAAGUAUCGACCAAGUCGAUGAAAAAUUGAAUAUGCACUGGGUAAAACCUCGAGUGUUAGAUCUUCGACAGGUUGCCACAUUAAAGAAACGUCUAGAUCAAUGGACAAACGACGUGAAACAAAUGUCCACAUUAGUAGAACAACAAGCCGGUGAUAUUCUUUCUUAG